CCGGAGGACACGGCGGGGGGUCGCGGGGACACGAAAUCUCCCCGGAGCCGCAGUGGCCGCGCGGGGCGGCCUGGGAAAGUCACCAGUCAGCAGCGCAGUGGCGGGAACCGCAGCCCGGCGGCCCUGGAACCUCCCAGCCAGUGGUAUGACUGGGGACUUCUCCCAGGAGGAGUGGCCAUGCCUGGACCUGCUCUGAGGGCUUUGUACAGAGACUGGAUCUGUGGGUCUCACUGAUCACCAUGACCUGCUCACCCAUGCAGCAGAACAAAGUGGCCUGGAAGGAGAGAGGAGACAGUAGCUAAGGGUCCAGGGAAGCAACCAUCUAUCAUUGUUCCUGAAAGAGAAACUCAAAGCAGAGAAACAGUAAGAAACGACUGAUUCUCCAGUAAACAUGUCGCAGGGUCUGUUGACAUUUGGGGAUGUAGCUGUGGACUUCCCCCAGGAGGAGUGGGAAUGCCUGGACUCUGCUCAGAGGGCUUUGUACAUUGAUGUCAUGUUGGAGAAUUAUAACAACCUGGUGUCUGUUGAGAACUAUUGCAAAUGUGAUCCUGUCCAUCAACAUGUGAAGACUGAAAAGGAGUCUUGUCAGUGUAAUGAGCUUGUCAAAGUGCUUCAUGACCCCUCCACAAGUGCACCUCAUAAAACAGGUGAAACUACAGAAAACUCUAAUAACUAUAGUUCCAGUAAUCACAGGGAUGCUUCUGUUGACUCAUCAAAUUCAGAUAGACAUGAAAGCAUGCACACUGGAGAAGAACCUUGCAAAUCUAAAGACUGUGGGAAAUCUUUAAAUUUGUGUUCCAAUAUUACACAAGAUCAGGGACUCUAUACCACAAAGAAAGUGCACAGGCAGGGAGAAUAUGAUGACUAUUUCAGCGCUGCAUACAGUCUUUUGCAACAACCAAUCUACAUUGGAGAAACACCACACCGGUGUGAGAAAUGCGGGAAAUGCUUCAGUACUGCCUCAUGCCUCACUGUACAUGAAAGAAUUCAUACUGGAAUUAAACCCUACAAGUGCAAAGUUUGUGAAAAAUCCUUUACCCAGUGGUCAAGUCUUAAAACACAUCAAAGACUUCAUACUGGAGAGAAACCUUACAAAUGUAAAGAAUGUGAGAAGUCAUUUCCACAGUUGUCAGCAUUCCGUAGCCAUCAAAAAUUGCAUACUGGAGAGAAACCUUACAAAUGUAAGGAAUGUGACAAAUCCUUUGCCCACUAUUCCAAUUUUAGGAGACACCAGAAAAUGCAUACUGCUGGAAGACAUUAUAGUUGUCAGGAAUGUGGCAAGGUCUUUCAUCAGAUUUCACACCUUAAAAGCCAUUACAGACUUCAUACUGGAGAGAAGCUUUAUAAGUGCAGUGACUGUGACAGAUCCUUUCCUCACUAUUCAUCACUGAGUAGACAUAGGAAAACUCAUUCUCUAGAGAAUUUUCACAAAUGCAAAGAAUGUGGUAAGUCCUUUCUUGAAUUAUCACAUCUUAAAAUACAUUACAGACUCCAUACUGGUCAGAAGCCUUACAAAUGUGAGGUAUGUCACAAAUACUUUACCUUAAACUCAACUCUUAAAACACAUCAGAAAAUUCACACUGGGGAGAAACCUUACAAAUGUGAGGAAUGUGAGAAAUCCUUUACCAAACACUCAGAUCUUAGAAGACAUCAGAGUGUUCACACUGGCGAGAAACCUUACAAAUGUAAGGAAUGUGACAAGUGUUAUACUAGCUGCUCAUAUCUUAGAGCACAUCAGAAAAUUCAUACUGGAGAGAAACUUCACAAAUGCAAAGACUGUAAUAUAUCCUAUAUCCAUAUUGCAAGUCUUAGGAGACAUCAGAGAGUUCAUACUGGAGAGAGACCUUACAGUUGUAAGGAAUGUGACAAAUCCUUUACCAGUUGCUCAAAUCUUAGAAGACAUCAGAGUGUUCACACUGGGGAGAAACCUUACAAAUGUAUGGAAUGUGACAAGUCCUUUACCCAGGACUCACAUCUUAGAACACAUCAAAGGGUUCAUACUGGAGAGAGACCUUACAGUUGUCAGGAAUGUGAUAAAUCUUUUGCCCACUCUUCUGGUUUAAGGAGACAUCAGAAAAUCCAUAAUGGAGAGGAACCAUACAAACGCAAAGACUGACACAUCCCUUAUCCCGAUGUCUUUCUGUACAUUGGAAAUUAUACUUCCCCAAAUGCAUUGAAUUUGACAAGUCCUUUACAUUUUUCUGAAGUUGCAGAGAUAAAAGAAAAUUCAUCAUUAAAGAAAACACUCUGAUAAA